AUGACGUCACUGAAGACUUGGUGUUUCCUGCCCAUUACUGCCCUCCUCCUUCUGUCCAUCGUUCCCACAGCGACUGAAGUGGUGAAGUUCAUGUCAAACUGUUCAGAGUUUUUCCUUGGGGGAACUCCACCACAGGUCCCAGGAAUCCCGGAGGACGGGGACAUCCUGAACCAGACUCGAUACAAACCAAUUUGCCAGACUUUUAACAACAGAAGAAGGUUUGUGACACUCUACGACACCGAGAACAAGAUCCCAGUGUUUUCUGCUGGCAAGUACAGAGGGGAGGCAGGUACGGGACCUAGAGGCUCCUGGAUGAUAGAGCCACAGCUUGAGGACGAACAGAACGGCAAGAACAUGAAGAUUGGACAGAAAAACAGGAUCUACAGCCAUCAGGCUGGGGACGGUGAUUAUAAAAACAACGGAGUCUUUGACAGGGGCCAUUUAUUUCCAAGAUUUUAUGCGUACACUGACAUUGAUAAAAUAUCUACCUGCACCCUGACCAACAUUGUUCCACAAGAAGGCACAUUCAACAAAGGAAGCUGGAACAAAAUGGAGAAGUGCAUCAAAUGUGUUAUGGACAAUUACUGCACCAACAACAAUGAUGUUAUUGAAAGCUUUGUGGUAAUAGGAGCACAACCCAGCACCAACAACAUCCUCAACAACAGGGUAAAUAUUCCCUCCAUGCUCUGGUCAGCAUUCUGCUGCUACAAUAGCAAUAAGGACGAGUGGCUAGCGAGUGCCCACUGGGGUGACAACGUUCUAGAUGAACCUGAAGACAAAUAUCUGCAGACUAAGACCCUGGAAGAACUCAAUGAAAAACUGAACAUAUCAACCUCUGUGUUUCCUGGAACACGAUGCCCUCUCAACACAACUGUCACUGAGUUGUACCAAAAUCUUAACACUAACUGCAAGUGCCCACCAUACAUUUCAACUACUUCUGCCCCUCCCACAACCACCUCUACCUCCCCAAUUUCAACAUCUGACUCUCUCACUUCCACAUCUGGCACUUCUACAUCUGUCCCUCCAAGUACCACAUCUGGAUCUUUUACUACCACAUCUGGCACUUCUACAUCUGAUCCACCAAGUACCACAUCUGGCCAUCUCAGUAGCACUUCUAGCCCUUUUACUACCAAAUCUGCUCCUCUCACUACCACAUCUGGCACUUCUACAUCUGCCCCCCUCAGAACCACUUCUGGCCCUCUUACUACCACAUCUGGCUCUCUUACGACCACAUCUACAUCUGCCCCACCAAGUACCACAUCUGGCCCUUUUACUGCCACAUCUGGCACUUCUACAUCUGACCCACCAAGUACCACAUCUGUCCCUCUCAGUACCACAUCUGGACUUUUCACUGCCACAUCUGGCACUUCUACAUCUGUCCCUCUCAGAACCACAUCUGGCCCUUUUACUACCACAUCUGGCAAUUCUACAUCUGACCCACCAAGUACCACAUCUGGCCCUUUUACUGCCACAUCUGGCACUUCUACAUCUGACCCACCAAGUACCACAUCUGUCCCUCCAAGUACCACAUCUGGAUCUUUUACUACCACAUCUGGCACUUCUACAUCUGACCCACCAAAUACCACAUCUGGAUCUUUUACUACCACAUCUGGCACUUCUACAUCUGCCCCACCAAGUACCACAUCUGGCCCUUUUACUGCCACAUCUGGCACUUCUACAUCUGACCCACCAAGUACCACAUCUGUCCCUCUCAGUACCACAUCUGGACUUUUCACUGCCACAUCUGGCACUUCUACAUCUGUCCCUCUCAGAACCACAUCUGGCCCUUUUACUACCACAUCUGGCAAUUCUACAUCUGACCCACCAAGUACCACAUCUGGCCCUUUUACUGCCACAUCUGGCACUUCUACAUCUGACCCACCAAGUACCACAUCUGUCCCUCCAAGUACCACAUCUGGAUCUUUUACUACCACAUCUGGCACUUCUACAUCUGACCCACCAAAUACCACAUCUGGCCCUCCCAGUACCACAUCUGCCCCUCUCAGAACCACAUCAGGACCUUUUACUACCACAUCUGGCACUUCUACAUCUGAUCCACCAAGUACCACAUCUGGCCAUCUCAGUACCACUUCUAGCCCUUUUACUACCGCAUCUGCUCCUCUCACUACCACAUCUGGUUCUUUUACUACCACAUCUACUCCCCUCACUACUACAUCUGGCCCUCUUACUACCACAUUUGGUACUUCUACAUCUGCCCCACCAAGUACUACAUCUGGCACUCUCAGUAGCACACCUGGCACUUCUACAUCUGCCUCUCUCUUUACCACAUCUGGCCAUUUUACUACCACAUCUGCCCAGAUCAGUACCACAUCUGCCACUCCUAGUACCACACCUGGCCCUCUAACACCUACAACUCUCAAUGUUGUUACAACAAGUACUCCCUCAACUGUUACUACUACCACUCUGAGCACAACUAUACCCACAACUACAGACACAAAAAUAACUAGUCCACUAACAACCACUCUUCCUCUGACCACAUCUGUCCUACCAUCUACCGCAACUAAUCAUCCAACCACAAAUAUUCCUACAACUACUCAACCCCAGACUACUACCAUUCCACCAACAACUAUAGUACCUACAACAGCCACCAAAACUACUACUGCGACAACAGCUACUUCCACUACAACAGUUAGCACUACUACGACUACCACAACCACAACUACAACUACAAAGAAUAGAAAGAACAAUUCAGAAAAUGACAAGGACAGAGGGCAAGGAGGAAAUCAGGGAGGAUUUACUGAUGCGCUGAGAGGUAUUGCUGAUACUCUACUGGGAAUUCUUGCUGCUCUUGGAGGUAUUUUUGUACAGGCAGGUAGUGCUGUACUGAGCGCUAUUGGUGUGCCGGGAGGUGUUGGUGCAGGAGGAGGUGGUGGUGGUGCAGGAGGAGGUGGUGGUGGUGCAGGUGGAGGCGGUGGUAUACGAGGAGGUGGUGGUGGAGGCGGUGGUAUACGAGGAGAUGGUGGUAUAGGAGGAGAUGGUGGUGGUGCAGGAGGAGGUGGUGGUGGUGCAGGAGGAGGUGGUGGUGCUGCAGGUGGAGGCGGUGGUAUACGAGGAGGUGGUGGUAUAGGAGGAGGGGAUGGUGGUGCAGGUGGAGGGGGUGGUGGUGCAGGUGGAGGCGGUGGUAUACGAGGAGGUGGUGGUAUAGGAGGAGGUGGUGGUGGUGCAGGAGGAGGUGGUGGUGGUGCACGUGGAGGGGGUGGUGUAGGAGGAGGUGGUGGUGGUGCAGGAGGUAUUGGUGUGGUGGGAGGUGUUGGUGUAGGAGGAGGUGGUGGUGGUGCAGGAGGUAUUGGUGUGCUGGGAGGUGUUGGUGUAGGAGGAGGUGGUGGUGGUGCAGGAGGUAUUGGUGUGCUGGGAGGUGUUGGUGUAGGAGGAGGUGGUGGUUCAGCAGUCACUGCUACAUCUCAAACUGCCAGUUACUGCUCAUGA